AUGAUGGACCUGGGUGUGUCAAGCCCGCAGCUGGACAACCGGUCCCGCGGAUUCAACGUCACUCAGGCGGGGACGGAAGAGGAGGGGGGAGGGAGGAGGGGGGCGGGCGGAGGGAGGAGGGAUGCCGAGCUGGACCUACGGAUGAAUCAGGAGGUCGGCAUCCCAGCCUGGCAGUGGCUCAGGCAAGCGUCGAUGGAGGAGAUUGCUUGGGUCAUCCACGAGUAUGGUGAAGAUGGGGAUCCCGUGAUCAGCGAUCGGAUUGCCUAUGCGAUCAAGACAAGGAUCUCACAGGGACUGGAACUGCGAACGACAAAGCACCUGGUUGAGCUUGUGCGCAGGGUCAAGAACGGCUGGGAUGAACGCAACCAGCACCCGGCAAAGCUCACCUUUCAGGCCCUCCGUGUGCACCUGAAUCAGGAGAUGCAGCAACUGGAUGAGGUGCUCCAUGCAGCCAUGGAAUGUUUGGUUGAUGGUGGCAAGUGCGCUGUCAUUGUCUUCAAAAAGAAGGAGACCGAUGCAGUGGUAUCCUUUGUGCGACAUCACGAAGAGCCUUACCAAACCUCCGGCUAUCUGGACGGCUUGAGCCGUUCUCGCAUGCUGGAGCUUUUCCCUGCAAUGGCCGAGAAGAAAAGCUUCUGCGUGGAGAUGGCGCGGGAUGCCAUCAAGCCGCGUGAAAUCGAUCGUCAGGAGAAUCCGCGCACCAGGUCUGCGGUGGUGUUGACCCUCCGCAAGCGCGACAGGAUUGUUGAGCCGAUUGAGGGCGUUUCCGUUCGCCCACACUCGGAACGGUUCCAGAAGCCCACGGAUCGGCCGAUCUUUGCGGGCGCAGACAGCUUCACCGCCACCAACGGUGACAGACACUUUCCUAAGACCGAGGCCAAGACAGGAUUUGCUGGCGAAUGGCUUCAACCUGAACCAGGUCGGGAUAGGAGGCUGGUCACACUAUGGGAGCCGGAGCCAAGAGUUUGUCAGUUACACUCCUUGCGUGCACGAUCCCCAGCCACUGGGGGAACAGGCCCCAGCGUCCGGGCAGCUCCGAAGCCAUCGGCCUUUCCUCCCGCUCGUCCUGCAGGCGCUGCAGGCCAGGAGGAGGGCGGCCAAAGCACGUCCACGGCUCCGCCUGCCCAGCGCACGCCUUCGCAUCCGUUUGGCCCUGCUGCAGCACCCGCUGGUGAGCCCAGGAAAUCCUCCGAAAGGCCACCCAGCAAGUUUCCGGAUCCGACGGGCAGCAGCCAGGCGAAUGGAGCCAAAGGCUUCGCGCCGCCUCCAGUGCAUUCAGCACAGCCAACAGUCAAUGGCACCGGGGAUGCAGCAGCGCCUGCGCCAGCACCAGCGGCAGGCCCCGCGCCUGCACCAGUGCCUGCGCCAGCGCCCGCGCCAGCGCCGGUGCCUGCGCCAGCCCCGGCGCCCGUGACUUCGCCGGCGCCGGCGCCAACAGCUGCUCCUACGUCAGCUCCUGCGCCAGCAGCCGCGCCCACGCCUGCGGCAGCGUCCAGCAACCCAGGGACGUCUCCAGAUGCCAAGGCAAACUUGCCGCAGAAGCAGUUCAGCGAGGCUACAGCCCCGAGUUCCGCGGCACCUGAGCCAAAGCGGAAGGAGACGGUGGGGGCCACCGAAAGCAGCCGGAAGGAGGAGCCAGAUGCUGCAGCAAGGGCGCCAGCAGACCUGAAGGACCUCGUGAUAAGGUACAUGGACGGCAGGGAUGUCCCAGUGGAGAGCCUGCAGGAGUGCCGCGUCAUGCAGGACCUUGCGUCGGACGAGAUAUCCUGCAGGAAGGGAGCGGUCCUCUGCAUACUGCAGAGUGACCCUCGCCAGGAGCCCUGGGUCUACGGACUGGAGCCUCGAGGAAAAGCCAAGGGCUGGUUCCGCAGCCACAAGGUGAAGAAGUUCGUCGACAUCUGA